AUGCUGCAGGCCAUAGCGAUGGCGCAGACACGCGUUUGGUGUGAGAGCUACAUCUUUGACAACAGCCAUGUCGCCGCGACCUUCUUCACCGCACUCCGCGACGCCGCUCUCCGAGGGCUGGAUGUUGUGCUGCUGGUGGACUACAUCGGCUCCUUCUCCUUGCGGAACGAGUGGGUUCGCGAGCUUCGGAGCGUGGGUGCCGACGUGGUCUUCUUCAACCCGGUUCUCCCUUCCAACUACUGCGUCGGACCCCUUUCAUUCCGGGACCACCGCAAGAUCAUGGUCUGUGACGACCUGGGCUUCUGUGGUGGGAUGAACAUACAGGAGGAGGUCGGAGAGGAGGAGUUUGGCACGAGCCGCUUCUACGAUGUGCAUUCGAAGCUCGAGGGCCCCUGUGUGGCGGACCUUGCUGAGGAGCCCGGGGUCUACGUGCAGAUUCUGCAGUCCAAUGUGCGGCAGCGCCGCCGCACUUUGCAGAAGGUCAUCGAGAAGAGCAUCGAUGCGGCAGACGACUCGGUGCUGCUCACCACGGCCUAUUUCUUCCCACCCGGAUUUCUGAAGAAUGCGCUCCUCCGCGUCCCUGCUCGAGGAGCGAGGCUCUCGCUGCUUCUAUCCGGGUCCUCGGAUUUCUACCCGCUCCCGGGCGACCUCUUGGCACAGACCCACUUCUUGCGCAACUUCCUGCGAGACACCCCGAGCCAGCAAGUCAAAGUACACUUGUAUGGCCAUCGCCACAUGCAUGCAAAGCACAUGUGUGUGGACGGGGUCUUUUCCACCAUUGGCUCCUUCAACUUCGACCUCUACUCCGCGCGCCGGAACCUCGAGGUCGGCGUCGCGGUCUUCGACCGCGACUUCGCCCGGAAGAUGCAGCGCCCCGGCAGAGACGUAGGAGGGAGGAACCUGCAUCUGAAGCGUGCCGGUGAGUCCAAGCAGACUUUCUACAGCUGCCUGUCACCGCAACUGGAGGAGGGGCCAGAGGGGAUGAGAGGAGGAGGUGACUCCAUGUAUCAUCAGCCAUUGGUUCGCUGCGCCUGCGCUCUGGCCUACGGACUGGAAUGGGACUUUGCCAUUGUCGUCGCGGUGGGCAACGAUCGGCUAAGAAGCCUCUCUGCGGCAGAAUUGGACUCCGAGGGUGAUGACGACGAGGUCCCGGCACACGGCUGCUGCCCUCGGGCUCGGAAGCAAGCGCCAAAGUUCCUCCGGCCGCCGCGAACCGCAGAGGAUAACUUGCGGAAGGCGUCUGCGGACGGAGCUGUCUCAACAGUCCAGGCUCUGCUAGCGAGUCGAGUCCAGGCGACGGCAGCCACGGAGAACGGGUACACUGCCCUACAUGCCGCUGCUGCACAUGGCCGGAGCAAGAUCGUACCUAUGCUUCUCAAUGCGGAGGCGCAGGUCGACUGCACGGCGAGUGGCGGUGUGACGCCGCUGAUGUUGGCCGCCAUGGGUGGCCACAAAGCUACACUUGAGGCGCUGCUUUCAGCCAGAGCCUCCCUGCACGAAGAGCUGCGCGGGGCGAGGGGCCAGGAACGGCAAGCUGUUCAUCUGGCUGACCUCUUUGGACACGCGCAGGCGGCAGAGCUGCUGAAGCAGCACUUGCCCAGGCCGAGUACAUCCGACGGCGCAAAGAAGCCGAAAGAUCGCAAGCAGAAGAAGGACAAGACGAAAAAG